CAGUAUACAUUUGCGUUGAACGCUAGUAAGACCCACCCAAGGCAGACUUACAGCAAUUAACGUACAAUGUUUAAUUCUGACAACGAAUGUUUAGUGCAGACGGAAACAAAGAUGGUAGGAUUUGAUAGAAGCAUCGCAAGUCCAUCAACCGACAACGUCGGCCGAAACCGAGGAGAGUUGCGCCGGUGGUUUGACGAAGAGGCGUCGACCGAACACUCCGACAACGACGGCUCAGACCAAGAGACAGAAGAAGGAAAAAAGAUUCCAGGUGUUUAUGCAGACGAAAUUAACACAAAUUCCAGAGUACAUUGCGAAACAUUUGAAGAAGGAUAUUAUCAACGACCCGGAUCAAUUAAUAGCUUUGAUGGAGUUGAUCGGGGAUACGUCGGAAUCACACAACGAAGACCAGACUCUGCAUCCGGCAACAGCUCUAUUGUUGAUUGGAAUAUUUUUUCCGACUCACGUAGAAACUCUUUUAAAUCCGAAAAAAUGGUUACACCGACGCAUUCAAUCGAUUUGGGAAGAAGUGAAUUUACCGACAGCGGAUCAGAUGACUCAGAUAUUGAUUCAUUUGAGGAAGAGUUUGAAGACACCGUACAACAGUAUGCCCGUACAAUACAUUGCAAACACGUGUCGGGACUACAUCGUUACAUCAGCACAAUUAUUGUGCCGAAUGGACGCGAUGGAGUUAAUAACUGUGUACAAGAACUUAAACUGCUCAUUGAACGAUACCCACCUCAACACUGGUAUAUCAUCAGCAGUCACGUCAAUCAUAUCCACGUCGCCCACAUCUGCCCAAGCGCAAACGGCUCUUGUAGAUGUAGUUGGUUGCAACGGAGUAAAAGUUGGGCACAAUUUGGAAAGCGUCGACUUCGCCGAAUUACUAGAGCUGCAUUCCUCGAGGCAACAGACUAUGCCAAUAUUUUGCGAUACCUAUCUGAAGGCUCUAUAUUCGUCGAAGAAACUGGUGGAUUCUCACAGGAUGUUGUAUUAUCUAAUAGAUAUAAACAUUUAUCGCAAAGAAGAUGUAGAAGAUCGGGACAAACAGGAUUACUGGACGGGCGCAGAAGUACGGACUCGCAUGACUUUCAGUGCGAACAACCCGAUAGUGGAUCAAAUGAAAGUCAUGGUGAAAAAAUGUACACAAGAGAUCCAAAUGUCCAACACGGCAAAACUUCGAAAAAAAGAAAGAGGGAGGUUCGGCCGGAGCACGGGCCGUUAACGAUAUCUCAACUAUUGUACGAAUACCCUACGUGUCCCCCUUCUGCUUUCUAUAAUAUUAAGGAAUUCUUCAACAAUAGUAAUGUAAACUACAUUUUCAAUAAUUGUAAAUCAGCUGAACGAGAUUUGCGUAAUUGGUGUUGCCAACUUAAUUGGUGGACACUUAAAGACUUUGAAAACUAUUAUAACGAUCCCAAAGUACAUCCGUAUUUUAAUGCGUAUAAUAAAAUACAAUCCGACGUUUAUUAUUCCAUUUCACAGUCUGUAGAUAUCGCUAGUAAAUUAUUAGAAUUUCAAUUUGACGGUCAAAGUGAAUAUAUUUAUGAAUUUUUAAUGGAUUUAUUAAAUGUUAUAGAUAAACGCGUACCUAAAUUAAACACUUUGGCCAUUCACGCUAGUCCCAAUGCGGGUAAAAAUUAUUUUUUUGAUGCCGUUGCAGCUUUUUUUAUAAACUAUGGGAGCAUAGGUACCGCUAAUAAAAAUAACAUGUUCGCAUUCCAAAAAGCAGCGGGUAAACGAUUAGUACUGUGGAACGAACCAAAUUACGAAUCCAAUCAUACAGAAAAAUUAAAAGAAUUACUAGCCGGCAACACUACUCGCGUACACAUAAAAUACCAAGGCGAAAGCCCCCCAAUUAUUAUAUUAACAAACGAUAACCUCCCAAUCUUUGGAAUGGACGCAUUUAGGUCACGCAUUAAAUUACACAGAUGGACUUCAGCUGAUUUUCUUAGGCAAUACGAUAAAAAAAUAAAUCCGUUGUUUCUAUUACCUUUAUUUAAAAAAUAUAAUAUUGAUUAUUAAUAAAUUGUAUAACAUAAUUACGUAAUUGUUUUUUAUUAUUUAAUACGACGAAUGUUCGAUGAGUGACCAUUCUUGUGUUGGUGGAUCUUCUUCGGUUACGGCUUGCACUGGUACUCCUUCGACAUCGUCUGCUAAUUGCUAUGCGUUGGGAACACCUAAGUGUUUUCCUUGGUACGAAGACAAACUCUCCAACAUUAUUUGAUCCGAAUUUAAAUUUUGCAUGGUCAUAUACGCGUUUUCCAUCUCCACAUGUGGAAAUUUGAAAUUAGUAUAAUGAUAAGGCCACACGUGUGACCAAGGACAAGUUAAUAAUCCCAUUUUAGGUUUAUAAUUUAUAUGCAUAGUUUACAAUACUUUUUCCAAUCAACGAACUUGCAUCUACUUUAUGGAUAUGCCGUUGAAUAUUUUUCCAUCCCAACUGUGAUUCGUUUUUUGUUUUGUUUGCGUAAUGACUAAAACAAUAUGGCAUCAUCAUAGGUAAAUCCAUAUAGGUACAAGGUAAUGUAGCACCUUCCAUCCAAUUAAUU